AAUAUGGCGCGACUCGCGAGCCUGAUCAAAUUGGAACUUAGUUGAAAUAACUGAAAAUAAGACCGUGUUUUUGUCUGUUUUGUAAAUCCUUUUCAAUUAUCAAUCGAAGUACAAUACGUUUAUAACGAGAAGUUUUUUUAUAGUGCUUCUCUGAAAGUAUAAAUAAGACUGACAGUGUCUAUAAUAUUCGUACGAUACAAUAAUAAAUAUACGUAUUUACAAAAAUGUUCUGUAGUAACACAUGAUUCGCUACGUUUGUCCACUACUCGAAACGCUAUAAGAUUUGCCUUCGUAAACCGCGAUAGUUGUGAUAGUUAUGAAUCACAAGGUUAGAGGUUACUGGGAUGCCUAAUUAAGUUGAUUCGUGUUUGAUAACUGGCCUGGGGCGUUGACUUCUCUGAUAGGAAUCCGAUUGUGAGUAAUCGAUGCGAUGAUUGAAAGUGUAUCACGCCGUGCCUUCAGUAGUUCUAGUGGGACUUACAACGUGCGAGCCUCGGAACUUGCCAGGGAACGAAAGCUUAAUAUUUUCAAUGUCACUGUACUGUUUUUGGAUGACACCCAGCAAUCGUUUCAAAUCGAGAAAAAAGCAAAGGGCAGUGUUCUACUUGAAUUAGUUUUUCAACAUCUGGAGUUGGUUGAGAAGGAUUAUUUUGGUCUGCAGUUCACUGAAAAUGGAUCUCCGCCAAGUGCAACAAAUACAGAAAUAACGCGAUGGCUUGAUAGCAGCAAGUCAGUCAAGAAACAAGUAGGCGUAAAUGCACAGUUUUGGCUUGCUGUAAGAUUCUAUCCACCAGAACCCUGCCGUCUUGCCGAAGAGUUCACUAGAUAUUUACUCUGUUUACAAUUAAGGAAAUUGCUAUUAGAUGGAAGGAUGACAGCUCCGAGGAACACAGCUUUAUUGCUUGCUUCAUUCACUGUACAAGCGGAACUAGGUGACUACAAUUCAACAGAACAUUCAACAACAUACCUCUCUGAACUCUGUCUGUUGCCCAAACAAAGUUCUGAGGACGAGCGUCGUAUCCGCGAAUUGCACAAGUUGCACAAAGGCCAGGCGCCUGCUGACGCUGAGGCGAACUUUCUAGAACAUGCUAAGAGAUUAGAUUGCUACGGCGUAGAAUCCCAUCCAGCUAAGGACUACAAUGGUAAAGACAUACUGAUUGGUGUAACAUCAAUUGGAAUAGUCGUCUUUCAAAAUAAUAUUCGAGUGAAUACAUUCUCUUGGAGUAAAAUUGUCAAGAUUUCCUUCAAGAAGAAACAGUUCUUCAUUCAACUGAAAAGAGAACCAUCUGAAUCCUAUGACACGGUAUUAGGUUUCAACAUGCGUUCUGGUCGAGCGGCGAAGGCGUUAUGGCGUUGCAGUGUUGAGAGACAUGGUUUCUUCAGACUCAGGGCCCCACGACGUAGGCCCUUGUUAGGGGCACUAGGGGCCCUCGCUGGGGUUACCGCCCCAACUGUAGCUAGAACAGAAACUCAGGCUUUGGAAGAUGCAAGGCGGUCUAGGUCGAGUAAUAGGAGCUUUGUUAGACGCAGCAGCUCCCGAACCCGCGACCGCUCCGCCGGCGCGUCACCGGCGUUGAUGCUCAAUUCUUCCGCCAGAGGCUCUCGAGUGACCGGCCACGGGGAGCCUCCGCCGAGACAGGCCUGGGGCGACGCUUUGCCUAUAGAAAAUGAUGACAGCGACGGCGGGUUCCUCGAGCGCGCCCUCCGCGUGCCGCUCUCGUACGUCGACGAGUCGGAGUCGGAGUCGCCGUCGCAGGAGGGCGAGCCGGAGGGCGCGGUGUGCGUGCGCCUGUCCGCCGGGCCCGACGGCCGCUUCGGCUUCAACGUGCGCGGCGGCGGCGCCGGGCUCGGCGGCGGCGCGCCCGUGCUCGUGUCGCGCGUCGCGCCGCGCACCCGCCCGCACCUGCAGGAGGGGGACCAGGUGAUAUCGAUUAAUGGAAAAGAUGUCGAUGAAAUGACACACGAGCAAGUGGUUCAAAUGAUCAGAAACACUAAAGGCGUCCUCACUCUGUUGGUGAAACCAAACGCGGUAUACGAACCUGAAGAAACGGGUCCCGAAGAACCGGCUGUAUGUUUUGUCCCGCUCGGUUCCGGCCAAUUCGAGGGCGACGCACUAGAACAGUCGAUGUUGUUACUAGGCGACGGGCUGGCUAGUGGCGCGGCUCUCAAACAGUAUGAGACGUUACUAAGAAGGCUUCCAGAAGAAUCUACCGCGGUCGCCAAACUGCCUAUUAAUGUUAAUAAGAAUAGAUACAGGGAUAUUGCGCCUUAUGAUUCAACUAGGGUAAUUUUAAAGAAUGGACCAACAGGGGAUUAUGUAAAUGCAUCGUAUAUCAAUAUGGAGAUACCGAAUUCAGAUUUAGUACUUACGUACAUAGCUACGCAAGGUCCGCUUGCUUCAACUGUUGGAGACUUUUGGCAAAUGGUUUGGGAAAGCGAGAGCAGCCUCAUAGUAAUGCUGACGGUAUUAGCUGAACGAGGUAGGGCCAAGUGCCACCAAUAUUGGCCCAAGGUUGGAACCACAUCGCUCAAAACGAGCAAUUCCCUAACCGUCCUUACUAAUAGCGAACAGAAUCUGGGGCAUUAUAUACGCAGGGAAAUGGUUUUGAAGGAUAAUGGUGGAGCGAGUCGUAAUGUGACACAACUGCAAUACAUAGCGUGGCCGGAUCACGGCGUUCCAGAAGAUUCCACAGCUUUCAUUAGCUUCACACGACUCUGCUCUCAAUUGAGAAACCAUCGAGCUGUUAUACCAACGGUUGUAGAAGAGCUUGAUGGAGAAGGUGAAGAAGAGAGAGUCCUCGAACCACCCAUGAUCGUGCACUGCUCAGCGGGAGUCGGCAGAACCGGCGCUCUCAUACUGGCCGAGACCGCGCUAGAGCUGCUGAUACAGAACGCGAGUCAAUACAAAUUCGUGUGCGAGAGCAUCCAGUCGGCUUACUCUCAGGGCCUCACGGGUCAACCUGAUCCGGCCAACUGAUAGCUACUGCUGCAUCCUUCACAGGAUCCAUACUUGCAGAUGAUGAUGACCGUCAUAAAUAUGGUCAGGACUAUGUGUUGCGUCAAAGUGUUUAGGUGACGAACACUCGAAUAGUGUGUGCCCAUAGUAACCGCCCAUAAAUGAAGCGAAUCUAAAAUAGAGUGUCGCGUCGUAAGUGCGAGCGAGAUAGCAUAUCGUCGAUUAGCAAUAAUGUACAUGUAACGGUUUAAGAUUGCCUAUUUAUUGGCGCGGUUUAUAGUGUCGAUCCUUCCGAAUUACACGUAUUGUCAAUAAGGAACGUAGUGUUUUUACCCUGGUCAAACACAAAAUAGACCAUAUAAAAGAUACAAUGGAUUUAUUAUUAAAUGAAUAAUUUUUUUCUUAUUCAUAGAUGUGUUUCGACUAAAUACAAACGACGAACGAUUGUAAUAUACGUUAUAGUAAUUCAUAUUUCGAAUAUGAAAUAAUUAUAAACAAUGUUCUAACAAAGGUCAAUUGGUCCAAAUACAUCUGAAUACAAUGACUCUGGUAAAUGAAUUUUGGUAAUUUUUACAUGUUCUAUGUAUAUUCUAAUUUAAAUUAUUACGCACAUUUACCUGAACACAUGGUAAUCGAUGUAAGCCUCUAAAUCUAAUUACAUUUUAUAAGUCAUUUUGUACAUUUGAACUCCAUUUUAUUUUUCAGCAAUAAGUAAUCUCGAAUAACUCCAAAAGUGAGAGCACAUAUCAAAAACAAUGUAGAGCUAAGAAUUUCUAUUUAUUUUGAAAUUUAUUUAUUUGUAAAUUUAGUUUAGUUUUCGAUAAAUAAUCAAAGGAAAUUUUGGUUAAUCUUCUUGCCACGAAUUUACUAAUCGUUUUAAGUACUAAAAACAUUCGGUUUGUAUAUUUCUUAUCUGUGCCAUUUUUAAAUUUAAUUUUCUUUAAAUCGUGUACCUAUACGUGCAGUAUUAAUUAUACGUAAAUAUAACUUUUGAAGUGUUCAUUGAUGGGAAAUUGGGACCCAAAUGUAAGAAAAUAUGCUAUUGAUUUUUUUUUUCUACUCUAUGACUCUAUAUUAUUAACAGUAUCACACGGUUUUACACUACUUAAGAUUUUGUUGUUGAAAUUUAAGCCUAUAAGUAUGCCAAGACUCGUUUUGUCUUCAAGCAGAAGGGAAUAGGUGGGAAUGGAUUGUUUUCUUAAUUUGAUUUCAUAUUUAAUGUUGCUUUCCAAUCUAGGACGAAUUUUUAAGACAAUUUUAGAAGUGUUUUCAUACAAAUAUUAAUUUUAAUUGAAUUUUGAUAUUGCGUAUAUUUAUUAUUUGUAUCGUAUUUAUUGUAUACUUUAUUUUCAAUGAUAUAAGAUUCCAGUUGGAACUUUUAAGUUUCGUAGUUCGCUUCACAUUUGCGAAUUAAAUAAAGAACAGUUACUUGUUCGAUUCAGAUACAAAUAUUGCAAAAUAUUAAUUUUUGUAUGAUCUGUACUUGAAAAUGAAACGAGCAAACGAAAGGCAUACCGUCUUUAGAAGUAAACACUAUAAUUUUUUUAACGAUUUCGUAUAAUGUUAUAAAAUAUAUAAUUUUCUCUGACAUAUUUAACAAUAUUCUUAACUUGAUAGUCAUUUUCUUAAUGUAUUUUGAUGUGUUUAUAACAGCACAAAAAUCUUUGUAUAUGUAAUUUUUGUACAACGAUAUUUUCUAAUACGUUUCAUUUUACGAUUAUAAUGCACGUGUGUAUUUAUAAGAUCCUAAUAAUAUGAAAUACAAAACUCCGCCCCUUUUUAUAAUAAAAUAUCUAGGCUAAUAACGUUUAUUAAUAAUGUAAGGUCUUUAUUAUCGCAGUUAUGAUUUCCGAAAAUAUAUUUUUGUUACUAAUUUUAUUUACUUUCUUACGCACUAAUCAUAGUUAUAUAUAUUUUUAUUUUUUGUAGAUACUUUUUUUUUUGUUUACAACGACGUAGUGUAGUGUGUAUAUAUUUUAAUUAAAUUAUAUUAAAUAGCAACAUAGAACAUAGACGUAUGCUAAUAGAUAGCUACUAAUACAGGUUGUUAUAACAUUGCUUAAAUUUCAUUAAAGGCGUUAUUUUGAAGUGUUGGGACAGAAAUGAAGAUUUUAAAAACUCAUGUCUACAAUAUUAAGCUUGACUUAAUUAUAAAAUUGUUUAACUGAGUAAUUCAUUAAAUAAUGGUCGAUUUUCCAUAUAAUCGGGUAGAUUUCGAAUGUUAAAAUGCGACAUUUGAUAUCUUAAAGAAUUUUAUGAAAUUUACCAUACUCAUUUACUCUGGAGAGAAUGGGAAUUUUCUUUAUACUUUCUAAGUAUAAAAACAACUAUGAAAACCAUAUGUAGACCCAAAUAGCCUUUAAGUUCUUAGGAGAAAAUACAUAAACAACAAACCAUAUUGGUAAAAGACCCUCCACUUCAAUACUGUGGUCCCCACAAAUCAAAGUCGUCUUUAUCUGCAAGACCAUAAGAGUCAAUUAUCAUGUAACAUUAUCUGCGCAAUUUUAAUCAUUUUGACACAAGGAACAAAGAUAAGUGUAGUCUUUUUCUAUGUUUCUUUCUAUUCAGUUUCUUUGUUUUUGUUACUCUGUAUCACCGGUGGUUUUAUGUCAUUCUUUGUUUUUUUUUAUGAAAUUGUUGUCAUUUGAUCCCAUUUUAGCAUCUGGAGUAUUGGUACUAUCCUCCCCGGGACGUCGGUGAUCUUUUUUGUAGAAAACAUUUAUUGUGAAUGGAUUAUUUUUCAUCUUCUUAAUAUUCGUAUUGUACAGUUUUGUUCGUACUUGUGUACGUUUAUAUAUUUCUGCAAAUCGAAUUUUAGCUUCAUAAUCAUUCAGCAAUUGACUUAAUUUAUAUCGUGAUUAUGAGUGCUAAACCGAAAAUUAAAAUGAGGCCUUCAGACUAGUUUCGACAACGAAGUAACUGAUGUUUAAAAUUAUGCAUCAGUUUGCAUGAUUUAUAUCAUGUAAAUGCAUGUGUAUACACAUAUAUGAUGCAUAUUACAUACAUCAGUUGUUUUGUUUUCAAAAUUGGGUUACACAACGAAAUAGAUAUUUUUAUAAGUAUCUUAUGCAAUAUCGGUAGAAUCUGAAAGUGUUUGUGUCCAGAAAUAGUUUUAUUCAUCAGUGUGACUCACGGUUUUUAUAACAUAUCUUAACGAAACAGUAUACACAAUAUAAGCGGUGACUAGUAGUGCGUUCACGGCCUAAGUCGUGAAGUGAGUGACAGACGUAGUUAAGCGUUUGUUUUAAUUUGUGUUACGCACACCAAUGUAUCUCGUCAAGCUUCUAUACGAAUUAGUUUUCAAGCCGUUCUGUAUUUUUUUAAUCGCCGUAUUUCGAUGGGCCCGUCAAUGUGAUUUGUUAUUAAUUUUAAAUGGCGACAGUUUAGCGUGGGCGCUCAUUGCCGUUGAGUAAAUAAAUUUUCAUUAUUGUUGGCCGUUAUCGUUUAUCCCUUGUCGUUUGUUUUUAUUGACGUUUUGUAAACAUUUAAAUACGCGGUAAUAAUUGGAAAGUGAUGAAUGAUGACGGACGAUUUCUGAAUUCGGAUAUAUUUAGACUAAGGUGGGAAUUGAACUUGUAUAGACGACAGGAAAGUUAAAAUAUCCAUUGACGCGGUUAUAUUGGUGUUAGUUGACACAAGACCAGUGUUAUAUUUCUACCUUGUGACGUAUGAAGUGCUGUGCGAGUUUUUUCUGUGAAAAAAAUAAAG